UAAGCAGCCAUGGCAAUAGAAGGAAGAAGUCCUCCAUCUCGGCGGUUUCUGGCAGCGACGCUAAUUGCAUAUUGUGCCUUCUUCCUUAUGAUCGCUUGCUGUCGUGCCACUCCUGCUCAAGAUCGAAAGGUGUAUAUAGCAUACAUGGGCAACUGUCCAAAGAGCCAAGCUUCUCUUCCCGCGCUGCACUUCGGCUUGCUUCACCGCAUCAUUGGCAAUGCUAAGGUCGCCUCAGAUUCCUUGAUCUACAGCUACCAUCGGACCUUCAACGGCUUCGCUGCCAGACUAACAGAGGCCGAGCAUCAGAAACUUUCCGCCUAUGAAGGUGUAGUUUCUGUGUUCCCCAACAAGAUCGCGAAGCUCCACACGACGAGAUCAUGGGAUUUCAUCGGCUACCCCAAGAAUGCUUCGACAUCAACCCGCCGCCAACAGAGCAACCUGAUCAUUGGAGUGCUCGACACCGGAAUCUGGCCUGAAUCGCCUAGCUUCGACGAUUCCGGCUACGGCCCGCCUCCAAAGAAAUUCAAGGGCAGAUGCCAAUCGUCCUCGAAUUUCAGCUGCAACAAUAAGAUCGUUGGGGCCAGGUUCUACAACGUCGCAGGAGAUUACGGUCCAGGGGACAUUCCUUCACCCCGGGAUUCCGACGGCCAUGGAAGUCACACUGCAUCCACUGCAGCAGGGAACUUUGUCACCCCUGCUAAUCUCUAUGGCAUCGCCAAUGGGACUGCCCGCGGCGGGGUCCCUGCGGCUCGAAUCGCAGUCUACAAGAUCUGCUGGGCUUUUGGAUGCUCAUAUGAUGAUAUUAUGAAAGCCUUUGAUGAUGCUUGUUCUGAUGGAAUCGACAUGGUCUCGCUCUCGGCUGGUGGUUCGCCGAUGGAGUAUUUCCGUGACCCCAUUGCUAUUGGGGCUUUCCAUUGCAUGAAGAAGGGAAUUUUAACCUCCAACUCGGCUGGCAACGACGGCCCUUUUCCUGGAUCAGUCUCCAACAACUCUCCUUGGUCGCUUACUGUUGCUGCAAACACCAUUGACAGAAAGCUGACGACCAAUGUCAAGUUGGGUAAUGGCGAAAUUUAUAAUGGGACCUCUCUGAAUAGUUUUGUGUCAAAUAAAUCGAUGUGCCCUAUCAUAUACGGUGGAGACGCACCAAACACGACAGCCGGAUACGAGGGAAAUGUGUCCAGGUAUUGCUACUCGGGUUCCUUGGAUAGAAACCUGGUGCAAGGGAAAAUUGUUUAUUGUGAGUUUGCCGGCCAGGGAGAUGGACCUAGAGAAGCUGGUGCUGCUGGUGCCAUAAUGGGAAACAAUCCACAGGGAGAUGUGGCGUUUCCUUACCUUCUUCCUGUGUCUCUCUUGAGCGAAAAGGAUGGAAGCAAUGUUUUGACUUACUCGAACUCAACCAGUGACCCAACUGCAGUGAUUUACAAGACAGUUGACUACCUGGAUGGCUCAUCUCCUUACGUGCUUUACUUUUCCUCGAGGGGUCCCAAUCCGAUAACCCCUGACAUUCUCAAACCGGACUUGACAGGACCUGGAGUAAACAUACUGGCAGCGUGGUCUCAAGGUACGACUAUGACAGGUCUACCUGGUGAUGAAAGGGUUGUCGCAUACAACAUCAUCUCCGGUACUUCUAUGUCUUAUGACAACAGGUGCUCAUGUUACUAUGGAAAUCUAUCAGCAUUAAUCUCUAAAGAUAGCAAGAAAUAGUUUGAAGACAGCAGCACGGCCCCUGAGUGCCAAGUAUAAUCCCGAGGCUGAGCUAGCAUAUGGGACGGGACAAAUCGAUCCAAUCAAGGCAGCAGAUCCUGGGCUUGUAUUUGAUGCUGGGGAGAAGGAUUAUGUCAAAUUUCUCUGCGGCCUGGGCUAUUCGACCAAACAACUCCGGCUUGUCACGGGAGACCCGAGUGCUUGUACUGCAGCUACAAAUGGAACCCUAUGGGAUCUAAACUAUCCUAGUUUUGCCAUAUCAGCAAACAGAUCAGGGGUCUCUGUGAGUAGGGUAUUUCGCAGAACCGUCACCAAUGUUGGAUCAGCGAAUGCGACCUAUAAAGCCACGGUAAUUGCACCAGCAAACCUCAGGGUCAGAGUUAGCCCAAGUGUGCUUAGUUUCAAGACUAUUGGGAAGAAAAAGUCAUUUGGUUUGACAGUCUCUACCGUGGUUGGGAAGAACACUACCUCUGGUGUUCUUGUCUGGAGUGAUGGGAAGCAUGUAGUAAGGAGCCCUAUUGCUGCAUUUGUGUCAUCCAGUGAAUGAUCAAUAAGCUGGGGUGUUUGUUUCAGGUGUUCUUGUCUGGAGUGAUGGGAAGCAUGUA